GAGAGAGAAAUGAGAGGAGGCAUGUCGCUGUUCAGAGUCCUGAAUGAGAUGCGAUUGGACGGGUCACUGUGUGACGCCGUGAUCAGAGUGGGCGAGGUGGACUUCAAUGUCCACAAGGCUAUCCUCUCGGGGUACAGCCCGUAUUUCAGGGCUCUGUUUACAAGAUGGGGCAGUCUGGAUCAGAGAGUGUACAACAUCCCUGAUGUAUCUCCAGAAAUCAUGGAUCUUAUAAUCCACUACAUGUACACGCAGGAUAUUCAAGUCACCGUGGAUGAAAUGGAGACUCUCUUGGCCACGGCCAUUUACCUGCUCAUCGACGAUCUCAUAUACACCUGCUGUGAAAUCUUACAGGAGCAUCUCAGCCCAGAUAACUGCUUAAGGAUUUGGCAGUUUGCUGAUGCUCACUCGUGCUAUGAGCUGCGAGAUCAGGCUUACAAGUACGCGUUGCAUCACUUUGAGGAUGUUGUUUUUUCACCGUCUGGAAACCUCCUGGACCUGACCGUGGAGCACCUAAGUGACUUCCUGGAGAAUGAUGAGCUGAACAUCAAGGAUGAGAAAACAGUGUUCCAAGCUAUAGACCUGUGGAUCAGGUACAAUCCCAGCGUCCGAAAGCAGCACAUUGUGAACCUGUUGCCGAAGGUGCGGCUGGCUCUGGUGGAUACGGAAUACUUCCUGGAAAAUAUAAAGAAAAACCAGUUUGUCAGCAGUGUGUGGGAGUGUCAGCCCAUCAUCGCCCGUGCCAUGAAGGCCAUGUACUUCUCCUACAUGACUGACCCCCACACCAGACUCUCGGAUCCGUUUACCCGCCCACGGCUUCCGUAUUCCAUCUUGUUUGCCAUAGGCGGGUUGAGUGGCACAUCUACUAUGAACACUAUGGAAACCUACGACUCGAAGCUGGACAGCUGGAAGUGCAUCUCCAGCACAGAACAGCGAGCUCGAGCGGGUCACGGCACAGCGUUCCUGAAUGGUUUGGUGUACGUCAUUGGUGGCUUUGACAAUGGGGAGUGCUCCAGCAGCGUGUGCACGUUCAAUCCUAUGGAUGGAACGUGGAAUGAGUCUGCGCCUAUGCACUACAGUCGCAGCUAUGUAAGCGUGGCCGUGCUGGACGGAUUCAUCUACGCCAUGGGAGGCUCCAACGGCAACAUGAGGCUUAACACGGCCGAACGUUAUGAUCCAAGCUCCAAUCAGUGGAGCCUCAUCCCGUCCAUGCAUGAGCAGCGAAGUGAAGCCAGCGCUGCCACCUUAAAUGGCAAGAUCUACAUCUGUGGAGGCUUCAAUGGAAAUGAGUAUCUUCUCACGGCUGAGUGUUAUGACCCUCAUCAUGAUCAGUGGACGCUGAUCGAGCCGAUGCACAUGCGUCGGAGUGGCUUAGGCGUCGCUGUGCUGAACAACAAAGUGUUUGCGGUUGGAGGUUUUGAUGGAGACAGUUGUAUGCAGAGCAUCGAGGCCUUUGACCCUCAAACCAACUCCUGGAGGAUUCUUGCCCCCAUGUUUAACCAGCGAAGAAAUUUUGGCAUUGAGGUGAUGGACGAUCGCUUAUAUGUGAUUGGUGGUAACAGCAGUGAAGGCACCACCUCAACAUGCGAGUACUACGAUGUGUACAAAGACAAGUGGUUUGAAGUAAAGGACAUGAACAUUUCCCGCAGUGCAGUCAGCUGCUGUGUGGUUUCUGGACUUCCCAACGUCACUGCCUACAUCACUGAACGUGGUCUUCGCUAGAUGCAGAGUUUUUAUUAAUAAAUUUUUAAAUAUGUGAAAUUAAUUUUAUUAAUUUAUUAUAUAAUAAUAUUAUAUAUUAUAAUAAUAUA